AUGAUUGCGAACUUUCAUAAUCCGAGGCGCCUUCGGACGCCCUUCAUCGCCAUUAUCGUUUUCAUUCUGAUCACGGGGUUCUUUUUACUCUUCCACCAACCCUUGGUCCAAUACUUUGUAAUACCUUGGACAGCAGAACAGUAUGGCGGCAGCUGGAUGAACGACUCUUCGCCCAACUGGGUCCAACCAGCCCUCUAUGAAGGUCGUCCAGACAAGUUUGGCGAAGCAAGUCAGUAUGUCCAGGCGAUUCUGGACCCCAAGAAUGGCGGCUUUCCUAUCGUGAACUGCCCUGCGCCAAACGUCACUCGCUACCAAGUCCUUCGGCCAACUAUGAAUAUGGACAAGAGACACUAUUUUUUCGCGAUCGACUUGCGCCAAGUCAGAGACCUGCUGCCUCAGUUGAUAGGAGCUGUUCUGGAAGCAAUGAAUAUCAUUGGGCCUGAGAACUGUGCCCUCUCCAUAGUUGAGGGCAUUUCGACCGACGGCACAUACGAGACACUGUACCGCCUGAAAUCUCACCUCGACCAGAUGGGAGUUUCUUAUCACCUACAGACGAGCAGCAUCGACUCCCACAGCGGAGACCGCAUCGGAAAGCUCGCGAAGCUGAGAAAUCUAGCACUGGAGCCCAUGAUGGCAGAGGCCGAUGCCUACGACCCGAAGGCGACAAUCAUAUUUCUCAACGACGUUGCUGCAUGCACCGAGGACAUCCUAGAGCUGGCAUACCAGAAGCAGAUACAAGGAGCUGAUAUGACCUGCGCGAUGGAUUACCACUUCCUCCGAUUCGCGCCGCAUAAUGGAGAACCAUCCUUUUACGACUCGUGGAUUUCACGAGCCAUCAAUGGCGACACCUUUUUGCCGAUACCUGACAGAACACCAAAGGGAGAACAGUGGAGUGACGUGGUCAACAUGUUUUGGAAUCACCCUUACUCCCAGGAUCGCUACCUGAGUCGUAAGCCGUUGCAGGUAUUCGCGUGCUGGAACGGAGGCAUCGCGGUGACUGGCGAGCCGUUCCUGAACAAGAAGCUCGACUUCCGGAGGUCAUACCAAGGCGAAUGCCACACUGGCGAGCCGACACUGCUAUGCAAGGAUUUGUGGAAGCUAGGCCAUGGCAAGAUUGCGGUCAUACCGAGCGUCAGCUUGGCAUACAAUGUCAAGGAUGGAAGACAAAUCAAAGAAGAGAGGGGUUUUGCAUCGGCUUGGACUGUCGCAGAGAAUAACGGGGAGCCGCCGAAGAUUAAUUGGCAAGAGGAGCCGCCGGCAAUGGUCAAGUGUAUGCCGACAUUUAGAAACCAAUUCUGGCGGCCAUGGAAUGAGGGGCUGUGA